UUUUCGUUUUUGUCGAUUUUGUCGAUCGUUUUAUAGAUAGAUACUUUUGUUAUCUAAAAGAUACAGAUACUUGGGGCUUAUUGUGGGGAGAAAAAAGUAUCUAACAUCAAAGUGAGUGAAUCUAUCGAGGAGCUUUCAAAGUGCUUUUGAGAAGAUAAUGUGUUGUUUUUGCGUCGGGAAAUCAUAUUCGUCAAGUUUUCAAUUUCGGUGAUUGUAAAAAAAUAAACUAUUUUUCAAAAAAGUAUCUAAAAGAUAGAUAAUCUAUCUUCAACAUGGAUAUGACUAGUGCCAAUUCACUUAACAUGCGACCAAUUUUUGCUGGAUACCCAUUUCAAGGACAAGGUCGUGUCAAUCAACUUGGUGGUGUAUUCAUCAAUGGUCGCCCCCUGCCAAAUCAUAUUCGUUUGAAAAUUGUCGAAAUGGCUGCAUCUGGAAUAAGACCGUGUGUGAUAAGCCGUCAAUUGAGAGUAUCUCAUGGAUGUGUAUCGAAAAUAUUAAAUCGCUAUCAAGAGACUGGAUCAAUUAGGCCAGGUGUAAUUGGAGGCUCCAAGCCAAAGGUAACAUCGCCAGAAAUUGAAGUUAGAAUUGAGGAAUUGCGGAAAGCGAAUCCGGGAAUAUUUAGUUGGGAGAUACGUGAGAAAUUAAUUAAGGAAGGAAUCUCAGAUCCCCCAUCAACAUCGUCAAUAAGUCGCCUCCUCCGCGGAUCUGAUCGCACCAUUGACGAUGGACGAAAAGACUACAGUAUCCAUGGGAUAUUAGGUGGACGUGGUUCCGACUCGAGUGAUACCGAAUCUGAGCCUGGAAUCCCUCUUAAACGCAAACAACGAAGAUCUCGAACAACUUUUACGGCCGAGCAACUAGAAGCUCUUGAACGUGCCUUUUCCAGAACCCAAUAUCCUGAUGUGUAUACCAGAGAAGAACUGGCUCAAUCAACAGGCUUAACCGAAGCUCGAAUACAAGUGUGGUUCAGCAAUCGCCGAGCAAGGCUGAGAAAACAUUCCGGUUCUAGCGGUGGUCUAUCAGGCAUGAAUUCGUCCUUAGGUUUUGGUGGUCUUCCAGUUUCUUCCAUGUCCGGCUAUACCCCAGCUACACAAUCAGUUCCUGGCAGUGAAAGUCACCACCAUCAUCAAAUGAGUAGUUAUGACUUGAUGGCCCAGUCGCAGCAUGGUUUUGCAUCAAGUUUUCAACAUGCACAUUUUCCAGCACAAAAUUAUUAUCAUCAAGAUUAUUCAAAAAUGACAAUGGAUGAUUUUAGUAAAAUUACCGCUGAAAGUGUUUCCAAAAUGUCACCUUCAAUACAUUUAGCUGAUAAUUAUCCAAAAAUAGAGGCUCCACCAAAUUGGACACAAUCAGCGGCCGCGUAUCAUUUAAAUCAAUCUACAGCAGCUUCGGUGGCAGGAUAUAAUCAUGCGGCGGCAGCAACAGUAAAUGAUUAUACAUCGGCAGCAGCGGUAGCACAUGGUAAUCAAUUAAAUUCGACGACAACAGCUUAUCAGCAUCCGCUUCCGGUACAAGGACAGGCGAAAUAUUGGGCGUGAGGAUGAACUUUUUUUACUAAAUCAACCGUCUUAUAAAUGGAUGGUUGGUGUAAUGAGCAUGUGCAAAUAAGGCCUUCAAUUUUUUUUUUAGAAAGAAAAAAGU